UCUCAUGGUGAAUAAACUUAAAUUGGAACGAAACUGCGCUGACUAAACAAUAAAUAAGCGCUAUUUCUUCACUUUCGGUCUCCCAACUCUAGGGCGUUUUUAGUUGAAUGCCAGCUAUGGAUCCCACCAUUUCCGUAUCAAAGGGUUGUUUUGUAUACAAAAAUGGAGCUACGCGGGCCGGCAAGAAGGCGUCUUCCAAGCGCAAGCAUUCGGUCGGGAGCAGCAGCCCCAGCAACCUCUUGGGCACGGAGAUCACUGGGCAGCCUUUUUACGAAACCUACAAUCAGACGUGGCGCCAGAUUAGCUCCCACAUCACAGAUCUUCAGCAGCGCAGCUAUGCCCGAACCCUCGAUCAGCUUGUGGAGUUUGUGGUGAGCCAGGACGCGACGGACGAUCUCCUUCCCACGGCCGCCCUGCUAACCGGCAUUAAUCAACCAGACCACUUAAGCCAGUUCGACGCUCUCACCCGACGCCUGCACGACCAGCGGUCCGCCCAAGUUUGUGUGUUACAGUCCCGGGAUUGUUCUACUCUAAAAGCAGCCGUGGAGUCCAUGGUCUUUGGCCUUGUUGAGGACGAUGGUGGCGAAGAACUAGGCGAGGAAGAGGAGGACGUGGCUGAGCGCGACCGUAAACGCUUACGGCGCUCGCAGUGCACGAUGAAGCAACUGAAGUCUUGGUACAUGAACAACUUUUCAUCAGAACGAAAGCCGUACCACCUCGUUGUAAUCCUGCCUGACUUUGAGUGCUUUAGUGCCGGAGUGCUGCAGGAUCUAAUCCUGAUACUAUGCGCGCAUUGUGAUGAGCUUCCCUUUGUGCUGGUGCUAGGAGUGGCUACCGCCGUUUCAGCGGUUCACGGAACCCUACCCUACCACGUUAGCAGUAAAAUCCGUCUGAGGGUUUUCCAAACUCAAGCUGCCCCAGUGGGCCUCAAUGAGGUUCUCGAGAAAGUAUUGCUAUCACCAAAGUAUGCAUUCCACCUGUCGGGAAAGGCCUUCAAAUUUCUUACUCACAUCUUUCUAUACUACGACUUCUCCGUCCACGGCUUCAUCCAGGGAUUCAAGUACUGCUUGAUGGAACAUUUUUUUGCGGGAAACGCUUUUGCACUCUGCUCCGAAUACAGCCGAGCUUUGAGCAGAAUCCAGCAGCUAACACACACGGACAUGGAGUCCAUUCGACGACUACCUUCGUUCCGGCCAUAUGUCGAGGGCAUCAACGACUGUAAGCGAGUGAUAGCGAUACUCACCGACGACGAGUACCUUAAAAAGAAACUACCGCAGCUACUGCGGGACUGCCAUAUCCACUUCCUGCUCUUUCGCAGUGCGCUCGAGUUCCUCACGGAACUGGUUUGUGACUUGCCACGAUGCCCUCUGGGCAAGCUACGGCGGGAGCUGUAUGUCCACUGCCUUAACAGGCCGCUUGCCUCCACGUCUGAGUUUAAAGAGUGCUGGCAAAUGCUCAGCUUUUUGUCUAGGGACGAAUUCGUGGGAAAAGUGAAGCGAAGUCUGGAGAAGGUUGAGUCAUUUCUGACUGAAGAGAUCGCGCCUUUAGAACUCGGCGAGUCCUGCGCCGCAGUUCUACGGCCACAACUAGUAGAAAUCCGAAGGGCCCUAGAUGAGGUGAUUGAGGCAUCUAUGACGCCAGUUACUGCGUCGAUUUCUGAGGACACCCGACUCCCGUCUACCGACAUCUCCCAAGUGGCCUCCAGGCAGGAGCUAAAAGCCCAGCUUCUUCAGCGCAGCAAGGAGGACAAGCACCGGCAGGAUCAGCGGCAGCCAACCUCGGAAUUUGCUCGCGCCUUGCAAAAGACACUACGCCUCAUCGAGACAAACUUGGUUCUGGAUAAUUUGCGGUGUCUGCAGGAUGCGCCACCUCUUCACGAGCUGUUCGUUUUCAAUGAUAUCGCCACUGUACGCCGGAAUAUAAUUGGUGCUCCGCGGGCGGCUCUCCACACGGCCCUUAACAAUCCCCACUUCUAUCUGCAGUGCAAGUGCUGCGAGCUUCGGGAGCAGUCUCUGUUGGUCAGUACUCUGCCCGAUCUCUCAGUGGCCUACAAGCUGCACCUGGAGUGCGGCCGGAUGAUAAACCUAUUCGACUGGCUGCAGGCAUUUAGAUCUGUGUUGAAUGGCGGCGAUGACGAGAACGAGGAAUCUAACCAGGAGCAAAUAGAUCCUCAGAUACAAGCACGCUUCACCCGCGCCGUGGCCGAGUUACAAUUUCUGGGGUACAUCAAAAUGUCGAAGCGGAAGACGGACCAUGCUACCCGCUUGACCUGGUGAUGCGGAAGGUGUGGAUCCAAGCUCUAGAAUACUGUACUUUUCUAUUUAUUUUUAUUAAGAAAAAUUACAAGUGUGGUGCAUAAUAAAUAAAGAAAAAACCUCUGGCUCUUA